AUGAUCACCACCGAUCCGGCCACCAAGAUGGUCAAGGUGGACGAGUCCGCUCGCUCUGAGGAUACCGAGAAUGGGUCAAUUGUGCAUGCUCCUCACCAGAUGAAGAGACACCUCUCGCGGCGCCACAUCAACAUGAUCGGUCUGGCAGGAAUGAUUGGCACUGGCUUGUUUCUUGCAUCAGGCUCUGCUCUCGCCGUGGCAGGUCCUCUCGGCGCACUCCUGGGAUACCUCCUGAUGAGUGCCCUCACCGCGUCGGUGUCCUUGAGCUUGGGAGAGAUUUCGGCCUUCAUGCCGGUCACUGGUGGCUUUGUGCGACACGCUUCCAAGUUCAUCCAGCCGGCCAUCGGAGCGGCUACAGGCUGGAACUACUGGUAUCUGAUGGCUAUCACGGGUCCGGCCGAGCUCAGCGCUGCCGCAACGCUCAUCAACUUCUGGCACCCAGGCGUCAACGCGGCAGUGUGGUACACCGUCUUCAUCAUCCCCAUCGUGCUCAUGAGUUACUGCGGGGUUCGAGUCUAUGGCGAAUCCGAGGUGUUUUUUUCCAUCAUCAAGAUCAUACUCAUCAUAGGACUCAUUAUCGGCGGCCUCGUCGUCGAUUUGGGCGGCUCCCCCACCCAUGAUAGGAUCGGCUUCAGGUACUGGAAGGACCCCGGCCCAUUCAACGCCCACCUGGUCCCCGGCAAUACUGGGAAGUUCUUGGGUUUCCUGAGCACCCUGAUCUCGGCGGCCUACGCAUUCUGCAAUAUCCAGGUGGUGGCGUUGACGGGUGCCGAGACUAAGAACCCACGGAAGCUCAUUCCGGAGGCCAUGAAGAUGACAUUCUGGCGGAUCAUCCUCUUCUAUGUCCUCAGCAUCUUCAUCGUUGGCAUGCUUGUACCCUAUAACGACCCGAAUCUUGGGAAUUCGAGCGGCACAGCACAGCAGAGCCCCUUUGUCAUCGCAUUCGAGAAAGUCGGCAUCCGAGUCCUUCCAUCCGUCAUCAACGCCGCACUCAUCACCUCGGCGUUCAGCUGCGGCGCGGCGGUCACGUUCCUCGCCUCGCGUGUCCUAUACGGGCUCGCAGAGGAAGGCCAAGCGCCCCGAGCACUUCUCAAGAUCAAUCGCUUCGGCGCGCCUUACGUCGCCGUGUCCGCCUCCGUUCUCUUCCUGCCUUUGGUGUACCUCAGCUUGGGCAGCAACUCGUCCGUGGUGUUCGGGUGGUUUGUCAAUAUUGCCACCGUGGCCGCCCUGAUCGCCUGGCUCAUCAUGCAAAUCACAUAUCUGCGCUUCUUCUACGCGAUGAAGGUCCAGGGUAUUAGUCGAGAUCGUCUACCAUAUAAGAGCCCCUUCCAGCCAUAUAUGGCCUGGACGACAAUGUCUGUGCUGGCCAUCAUCAUUCUCAUCUCAGGCUACAGCGUCUUCAUCCACGGCAACUGGAAUACGAAUAACUUCCUGGUCUCGUACAUCGGCAUUCCCAUCUUCUUAGUUCUUUGGCUCGGCGCCUGGCUUUUCAUCAACCGGGCUGCCAUCCCCCCGCUGAGGGAUGUUGAUUUGUCAGAAAUGCAGAUCAUUGAGAGGGAAAGGGAGGUGCAGCCGGAGGAGAAGGCGUUGCCGUGGUAUAGAGUUCUGAUCUGA